CGCGCACGCGUCAUGCGGUGAACAGCGUAGUCAAAGUGCCUACAGCACCCGCGGACCAGGGCAAGUCUACACGACGAAACGAGCCGAAUCGACCGCCGAUACGUGGUGACAGUGAAGUAUCCGAACUGUGUGUACGUCACGGUUUACUAGGGUGUGACUGCUCUGUUUAGUUCUUUCUUUUUUUCUUCUUCUUCUUCUUUUCUUGGAGACUCAUAGUGAAGUUGACCUAGGAAGAAGAAACGGCGCGAGGAUUACGUCCAGAACCGGAAGCAGAUUAGCGGCGGUGUCCGAGGCGGCGAAAGAUGCGAAAGCCGCCGCCCUAGCCUCUGCCACGGCCGCCCACGCCCGUAAGACCGACAGUGGCUGUGGCGCCGCCUCAGCCGCCCCCGCCGGCAUGUGGCAGUGCGAGGGCUGGCUGCUGGGCCGGCGGCCGCUGAGCGGCGGGCCCGUCGACGCGGCGUCGCUAGCGCGCCUGGUGCGCUCGCUGGGCCCCGCCGCCCCGCGGCCGCAGCGCCGCCCCCCGACGCUGCUGCGCUGCCGCGACGACCGCCUGGAGCUGGCGGCGCGGCACGACGACGAGGGCUUCGAGUCGGACGACGACUCGCGCUCGCUCGCCUCCGACGAUACGGCCGUCAGCAACUCGUCCUCCUGCUGCUUCGUCGACGACCACGUGUACCGGCGCGGCGCCGCGGGAGCUGGGGUGGGCAAGCCUGGCGGCGUCCCUCCGCCCCCGCGGCCCGUGCCGCCCCCGGGGGUGGCGGGCCCGCUUGCCUCCACGUCCUCCACGACGUCGGACAGCGCCAACAGCAGCGGCGCCUCCGACACGGACGAGGCGGACCACCAGCCCGCGGCCGCCGGCUCGGUGGCGGCGCUGGUGCAGUCGCUGUCGCUCUACCAGCGCGUCGUCAAGACGCCCGGCGCCGUCCCCGCCGCCUCCGCCGCCGCCGCCCACGAGCCGGAGAUCAUCCCCGUAGCGGACGUGGCCUUCUGCCACACGGACCCCGCGCUGCCGCGCGUCGCCGUCUGGGUGGUGCGGCGCCGUCGCUCGGCCUGGGCAGCCGCCACGUCCGACGACGCCGCCUCCCAGGCACCGGCGGGGCUCGAGGCCAUCGUCUUCGAGACCAACAACGAGCGGGCUCUGCGGAAGCUCUGCAACCAUUUCCAGGAUGUGAGCAGAAGACUGAAGCUGGACCAGUACCGGCACCCGCACCGGCGGAAAGAGGGCGCCGCGGCGCCGGGCCGGCCGCCGGCCUACUCGUCGCUGGCGCAGCCGUCGCCGUCGCCCUCCUCUUCGUACUCAUCGUCCCCGUCUCCCUCGCCGGUGGGCAAGCAGGCGGCCGUCUCCCUGUCCUCCGGCAUCUCCAGCAGCAGCAGCGUCAGCACCAGCAGCGGGGGCAGCGCCAAGUCCCAGCAGAGGGUGGAGCCGGCCAGAGUCUCCCCUCACCAGCAGCAGCAGGUCUUCAAGCGGCUCGAGGCGCCCGCCGUGGUCGCCAGGUUCAACCUGCUGCAGAGGACCGACGGCGAUGGAGUCACGCACCUAGAGGUGGCCAGGGACACGCCGCUGCAGGAGUCGCAGCCGGCCCCCGGCCGCGGCGGCCCGUCGACGGCCAGCGGUCCGUCCAGCAUCAUCAGCCUGAGCACGCCGGAAGCGCCUGCGCCGCCCCCCGCCGCCCCCGCCACCACCGGUAAACAACGGCCCAUCCUGGUGUUGGGCCCGCGCUCCGACCAGCUGGAGGCGGCAGAGUUGCGCAAAGUGUGGAGCCCCCGGCCGCCACCCAGCCCCCCGCCGCCCCCGCAGCGGCCCGAGCGCCGCCGCUUCGCGCGCAAGAGCCACAAGGCGCCCGCGCCGCCCCCGCCACCGUCGCCGCCUGCGCAGCAGCAGCACCCACCCUCAGGCGGCUCCAAGGGGGAUCGCAACAAGGUCCUGCGCGGGCAGCUGGUGUCUCCCAGCAGCGCGUGGCCGCAGUACACCGUGGUGCGCGGCAGCGCGUGGUGCGCCCAGCCGCAGGCGCAUACGCAGCCGCGCAGCCGCAGCAAGUCUCCGCCGAGGCCGAGGCGAGCCGCGGCUGCCUCAGCCGCUAGCAGCCGCUACGCCGAGGCGGCCAGGUUCCUGGGCGGCCUGUCGCAGCGGCUGCGCGACGCCGUGGGGGGCGGCGGAGGCGGCGGGGGCGGCGGCCACCCCCAGCACCACCUCCAGCAGCAGCAGUGCUCGCUGUACGGCACGGCGGCGCGCAGGCGCAGCACGCCCGACGUCUUCCGGUCGGCGGAGAACUUGUUGGCCGGCGCCGGCGGACACCGCCUCAAGUCCGUCAUCAAGAAGGCGCGCCGCCCCGACUGCCGCGCCGAGCCCAAGAAGGUCACCUUCAGCGCCUACGCCACCGUCCAAGUCGUCGACUGAGCCCCCCGCUCCUUCGUCACCGCCGAGAAAGUGCGCCGCGACGCGAAAUGCAAAAACGAGAUGUGGCGUUCCGCGCUGAUUACUGAGCUGCCAGGGGUAAAAAUUAAUGCUGAUGAAUUUUCCCGUCCUUGCGUGAGGAUACGAUCUUAUAUAUAGUCAUGAUCACAAAAUUUGCCCAUCGUAAAGGCUGGCGCAAUAGAGCUCUGUCGAAGAACGGAAGACAAACGUAAAUCAAGACGCACCAGUGCUCAAAUGUGUCAUUUAUUUAAUUUCCAACACAAUGUGUUUCAGCAACACACGACACCACUAUCAAGUACUAGAAAAACGUGAGGUAAAGUGGCCAUUCUAAAGAAGUGUGUUACAGCAUACCACACAUUUUUAAGUGAAAAAGGAAUAUAUAUAUAUAUAUAUAUA